CUGGCCCCUGCUUCUCCUCGGAGCGUCAGUGUCAUGACAACAGAGAAACGUGAUUUGAGUCUGAAGCUCAGACUCGGCGGCCGCUUCCUUCACGCGCAGGAGACAAACAGCUCCGGGAGACAAACCGGGAGCUGCUCGGUCCUCAGCGGGGAACCGGAGACCGACCGGAGACAAGCACCGACUCACACCGACACCGCUGCCCGCCUGAGAGCCGCCGGUGCCCAGAGGCAGCAUGUCUCUGUUCAAAGCUCGCGACUGGUGGUCGGCAGCUCUUGGCGAGGGCGAGGAGUUCGACCAGGGAUGCCUGUGUGUCGGAGAUGUGGACAACAGCGGCAGCGGACAUGAUAAAGUUGUGGUGGGCAGCUACAUGGGAAUGCUGCGGAUCUUCUUCCCACAUGUCAGUAAGUCCAGUGAGGCGGGUGUGGCUGAUGCACAGCUUCUGGAGGUCCAGCUUCAAAACGCCAUCAUCCAGGUGGAAGUGGGCAAGUUCGUCUCGUGUUCGGAGCUGCUUCACCUGGCUGUUCUCCACCCCAGGAAACUGUCCGUCUACUCUGUGUCAGGCACCGCAGGGAACGUGGAGCAUGGUGACCAGUACCAGUUGAAGCUGGUCUAUGAGCACAACCUGAAGAGAACGGCCUGCAACAUGACUUACGGCACCUUCGGAGGAGUUACGGGUCACCACUCCCUGUGUAUCCAGUCGAUGGACGGGAUGCUGAUGUUCUUCGAGCAGGACAGUUACUCCUUCGGCAGAUUCCUCCCUGGGUUCCUGCUGCCUGGUCCGCUGAUCUACAACAGCAGAACUGACAGCUUCCUGACCGUGUCCUCCGCACGCCAGCUGGAAAGCUACAAGUACGAGACUCUGGCCGUGGCCACAGAGGCAGAGAGUCGACAGGAUCCUGACCAGCCCGUCAAGACUGGAGGCAAGAGGCUGACACCUGACUGGAUGUUUGUCCUGGGAGAACAGGCCCUCGACCUCUCUGUGCCCUCCUUCUCACACUCCUCGUCAUCCAUCUUCGUCCUGGGUGAGAGAAACCUCUACUGUCUCCGAGACAACGGCCAGAUUCGCUUCAUGAAGAAGCUGGAGUUCAGCUCCAGCUGCUUCCUCCCCUACGCCUCAGUGACAGACGGCAUGACCAACCUGUUGCUAGGUAACCACACCAACAUGCUACUGGUUUACCAGGAUGUGACUCUGAAGUGGGUGGCCCAGCUCUCGUUUGUGCCCGUGGCCGUUCGCAUCGCCAACUUCCCGGAGUUGAAGGGAGUGGUGGUCAGUCUGAGUUCAGAGGGUCACCUCCUGUGCUCAUACAUGGGUACAGACCCCUCCUUCUUUUCCACACCCAAGGUGGACGCCAGGGAGGCCGACUAUGAGCAGGUGGACGCUGAGAUGAAGAAGCUACAGAAGUUCAUCAGAGAUGCCACAAGGACUCAGGACAUCCUCCCCAAACCUGAUGCUGAGGAGGACCUGACUUUGAAAGCUGCUGUGUCCUCCAGUGUGGACAGUCCAUCGCAAGCUCUGAUUCAAGAUAUCAAUGGUCUGCCCAUCCCUUCAGUAACCAUACAGGUGAAGGUGAAGGCCAGCAGCGUUGUGUCGUCCUGUAAACUGAGUGUUGCCGUUCAGCCUCCUCUGGCCGUCACCCAGGACCAGUUUGUCCUCGAGCCAAUGGGUGUUGGCUCCUCCACAGUUGUUAAGUUUUCGGCUUUCCUCAACGGCCGCUACCCCCCCGCUGAUCUCACUGGAGACAUCACUGUGUCCUACAGCUCGCCGACAGGAGUUCCCAGGGUUCUCCAGUCCAGGUUCAGUCUUCCUCUUCUGUUGGUGUGUGUUCCUUCCUCUCCGGCCAAAAGCACCAAGUUUAAGAUCACCGUGGAUACCAACCAGCCGCCUGUCGACCUCAACGCCAUCUUCCCGGAGUUUUCAGAGAAAUCAGAAGAUAAGGACGGGAAUACUUUGGCUUUGCAGUUCCUGUCGGGAGCCAAAGUUACUGUGGUGGCCUCCAAGACCUCCCAGCGUUACCGUAUCCAGAGCGACAGUUUUGAGGACAUGUGGCUGGUGGUGAAGGAGCUGGUUCAGAGGUUCGAUGAACAUUUCGCCAAACUGGGAGUCCAGGACUUCAAGAAAAGCUUCAGUGGACCGUUACCGCUGCAGGAGUACUUCCUGUCAGUCGACCGCCACUUCCAGCUGCGUGUCAGUGCUCAGCAGUACCAGGACCUGCUGUCGGAGCGAGCGGUCCAGUUCAGAGCCAUCCAGCGCCGCCUGCUGACUCGAUUUAAGGACAAAACCCCUGCACCACUGCAGAACCUCGACACACUGCUGGAUGCCACUUACAGCCAG